AUGGAUAAGAAGGAAGAUGAAAGAAAGGAGGAAGAUCAACGGUUGGAGUAUAUGUUUAAUUAUCUGACGUUAUCGAGAAAAUUAAAAGCUGAUAAAUGGACGAAAAUGUUAUCGACUGCAGAUUUUAAGGACGUAAUUACAAAGUUCUUUAGUACCGCAUCGGAGAUGGUCCUCGUGUUGCAAUUGACACCCGUCGGUCUCUUAGUGCCCUAUCUCGAAAUAACGCAAUCCAAGAGAAAGCAGACGUAUUUCUUGAAGAGGGAGCCCCAAAUGGUCACCGAGCACAAUUACAAGGAUUUGUUGAUACCGGGUGACAUGGCGCCGAAUCCGAUUGAGGAAUUGGCCGUGCUUGUUGAGGAUGCAUACGUACCUAUUUUAUCGAAUCCGGAAAAUCAUGUUGGCUGGCCGGAAGUAGUUCGUAACGAUGUUAAGAAACAAAUAUACAACCUUCGAAGUUUAAUAUGGCAGGUAAAAGGAAAAAUAACUGGACAAACUUUAUUACCAAUGCCAAUGGGUAUCGAAGAAAUAAUCAAUCAACAAUUGAGAUUAGACUCACCUAAAUUACUCCAAUUAAAGAAUAACAUAGAAGAAAUCGUAAUAAAAUGGGCAACUCAGAUUAAUGAGAUUCUGAACAUAGAGUUCUCAAUACUUCCAAAGAAUGGAAAAGAAAUUCCUGUCUCUGAGUUAGAUUUUUGGAGUAUGAGGUUAAAAAAUAUGGAAUCCAUUUAUUUUCAAUUAAAAGAUCCAAAAGUACGACAGAUGGAUAUAUUUUUAGAAAAAACAGAAAGCCCGUAUUCAGAGUAUUUCAAAAAUUUAGUAAGGAAUGUGACUGCUGCAUUAUUGGAAACAAGAGAUAUCAAUCUUUAUUUGAAACCUCUAGAAAUUUAUUUCAAUGAGAUUGAAAACGUUGAAUUCAGAGAUAUAAUAUGGAAAUUAAAAAUACUACUGCACUGCGUUUGUUUAAUGUGGGCGCAUUCGAGAUACUAUACCCUGCAAAGAAUUAUUGCUCUGUUACGAGAAAUUUCAAAUUUAUUGAUUUCUCAGGCAGUGAAACAUAUAAAUCCGUCGACUUUAUUUGAUGGAGACAUCGAAGAAAAUAAGGUGAAGAUAGCAGAGGUAAUACCGAUUCUCAGUAAUUAUCAAGAAUUGUUUCGAUCAUUUAAAGAGAAGGUGGAAAGUUAUUUUAAAUCGCAAGAACCUAUACCUUGGUCAUUUCACGAGAAGUUAGUUCUUGAAAGAAUUCAUAUGUUCGAGAAGAGGCUUAAGGAAAUCGAGUCAUUAUUUGAUACGGUACAAGAUUAUUUGAAACUAGAAAGAAUAGAAAUAUCUGGUUUAAAAGCGAAAUCAUUACUUUAUGUGACUAAUAAUAUUUAUGAGGAAUUUGUUAAAUUGUAUCAACAAUUUGGAGACGUGUCCUAUGAAAUUUUACUGCCUGAAGAAGAACAAUUUACUACAGAUUUAGGAGAAUUCUUUGCCAUGAUAGAGCAGUUCGAUCGACGAUUGGCAAGCAUUUUUGACCAAACAUUUGCGGAAUGUCACAACCUAGAGUCAUUCUUUAAAUUUGUCUGGAUAAUGAAUGUAAUUGCCAAUAGACCUAUAAUAAUGGCGCAAUUAUGGCACAACUAUGAAGAAAUAAUUCAGAGGGUAGAUCAACAUUUUAGUAACAUUAAGAUAUUAUUCGACAAUAAUUUCAAUCUUGAGACAAAAGAUGUACAUUUGUCACUGAAUACACAUUUUCCCCCAGUGGCUGCAUCCCUUUGUUUAUUAAUGAAACUUCAUGAAAUAACUCGUUUUCCAGUGCAAUGUAUCAAAUUAAUUGAUCAUCCUUUAAUUAAUAACAAAAUGGAAAAUGUACUCAAAAGCAAAUACGAAGAACUGGAGGCGAUUAUCGAGGAAAAGGAAAAGCAAAUAUUUACCGCUUGGGCAGAGAAAUUGCCAGAAAUUUGGGAAACUCACUUAACGAAAACUCUUCUAAAAAUUAGGGAGGAUAAGCUAUUGGAAAUGAAUUUCGAUCUGGAGUUAAAAACUACCUUAAGAGAGAUCCGUUAUAUGAUAAUGGUGAAAGUGUCCGAUCUUCCUCAAGAAGCAAUAGAUUUUUAUAAUAGAUCACGAUUCUUUUUCACCAGCACUUACAACCUCAAUUUAAUAGUGAAUUG